AUGUCCCAGCGACAACAACGAGCCGUGGCCACAGCACUGGCAGAUAACAGCGGUAGCAGCGCAAUGCAGGGAGAGACCAAGAUCACAUGCAUUGAGACGGGGAAGGUCGACAUCAAGGUCGCCCAGCUCAAUGCACGUCGCGAAAGGGGAGGCCUGGGCCGGAAGGUCGACAUGAUCCGGGAUCCCAAAUGGCUCAUGAAUCUCCCCAUUGCCACCAUGCUCAUCGAGCACCCCACCGCUGGCCGAUUUCUCGUCGACACGGGCGAUACCUGGCGAUCCUGCUGCUCGGGCCACGUACCAUGGUGGCACUACAUCAUGCGCACGCAGGUCAAGAUCAAGGUCGCGCCCCACGAAGAGAUCGGAACGAAGCUGCUCAAGCUCGGCGUUGAUCCUGCGACCGACAUCGACGGUGUGGUGUUGACCCACAUGCACGGCGACCAUGCCGGCGGUCUUCACCACUUUCCCCGCACGCCCAUCCUGGUCACAAAGGAAAAUUACAACGUAUCCAAGGGCAUCAAGGGCAUGGUUGAGGGUAAUCUGCCCCAGCACUGGCCCACCUGGCUCAAGCCUCAGUUUGUCGAAUUCAGCGACGGACCGAUUGGGCCAUUCGAGAAGUCGCUCUCCCUCGUCCCGGAUGGAUCCAUUGCGCUGGUGCCGACGCCAGGCCAUGUCAAGGGCCACCAAAGCGUUAUUGUGAGAAACGGACCGGGCGGACUUACCUACUUCAUCUCGGGCGACGCCGCCUACAUGCAGUCGAGCGUGCAGCAGGGCAUAGCAGACGGCGUCACCAUGGACCCAAAGACGGCCGUCGAGACACUGAGGAAGAUCAAGGUGUUCUGCACUUCGCAGCCCACCGUAUUGCUCUGUGGCCACGACCCAGAGAAUCUCGAGCGGCUCGAGAACAGACAGCUGUUCAAGUGA